AUGGAAGAUGUCCAAGCCACGUUUAUCAGUAUACGGUUAAAAACCGAAAGUAAGGUAUGCCAGCAGUCUAAUGAUAGUGCUGGAAAUGUACAUGUUAUAAGUAAAGAAACAGUUUCUCAUGAUAUCGAGGUUUCUCAUAGUGUUAAUGAUAACAUUAUUGUAAAUAGUGGUAAUUUGAUCUCUGAUCCUUCAGAGAGUGGUUCAUCUGUAAAUGAUAAUGUGGUACCAGUUAAUGUAAACCCUGAUGUAUCAGGACUUGAGGCCACACCUAGUACUAGCUCUCGGUUAAGUGAUUUCAAUGAAAUCAAGCUAGCUCUUGAAUUGCCGAAGCCAGAAUUUAUGAAGUUUAAUGGUAACCCAUUAGAAUACUUUUCAUUUAUUACGAAUUUUGAAACAGUGAUUGAAAGUAAAUUAAGUUGUAAUGCAACCCGUUUACAACACCUUAAGACAAUGUGCCAAGGCAAAGCGCGUUCCCAUAUAGAAUGCUGCGACCUGCUAGGCGCUGACGGUUACAAUGAAGCGAAAAAGAUCUUGCGUACUCAGUUUGGUCAGCCUUUUAUGAUUCUUAGUGCUCUCAUGCGCGAGCUUACUGAUAGGCGUCCAAUUAAAGCCAAUGAUUCCAAUGGUUUGUGGAACCUUAUAGCCUGUAUGAAAAAAUGCUAUGUUACACUAACAAAACUUGGUUAUACCCACAAUCUUGAUAGCACCAGUAAUUUGCUCAAGGUACAAGACUUGCUACCCCACCACUUGCAAACAUCAUGGGCCAAGAAUGCACAUAGCAUUAUAUCCAAAGAUGAAAGAGAGCCCAAGUUCAGUGAUUUGCUAGAUUUUCUUGUUUUACAUGCUGAGGUGUCAUCCACAAUGUUUGGCCUAAAUCUAGGCAAAUUUAAAGGCAGUGAAAGACAAGGACAAAAGCCACCACAUGUUAAAACCAACAACAUCAGCACAGAGAAGGUAACCAAACAAAUGAAGUGCUUUAUAUGUAAUGGUGACCACCAAGUGUACACGUGCAAAGGAUUUCUUGAUGCAGACUAUAAGAAACGGAUCGAACUCGCUGCUGCGAAGAGGCUAUGCUUCCGAUGCCUGCUAACAGGUCAUGUCAUUUCAAGAUGCAGAAGGAACUGGAAAUGUCGUUGCGGAUCAGAUAAGCACCACAGCCUUUUGCACCCACCUGAACAAGACCACAUCAACACACGAGCCAUUUCUAGUGGGACUAAAGUAUUUAUGCGAGUUUUACCAGUCACUGUCACUUCUAGUAAUGGUCGACAGGUAAGUACAUUUGCACUGUUAGAUGAUGGUUCCGACACCAGUCUUUGUUCGGAAGAUCUUAUGCAUAGGUUAGAAGUAAGAGGAGAGCGACAUACAUUUACUUCUUCAACCAUUAAUGGCGUUAAGAAAUGUGAAGGAUGGUCCUUUAGUCUCUCCAUUAAAGGUAAGUACGAAACUGACGAGUUUAAUUUAGAUCUUCUUUCAGUUAAAGAUAUCCCAGCCUCAGUAGAAAGUCGACCAUCUUCAAAGGAGAUUAGUAAGUGGGAACAUCUGCGUUCCAUACCAUGGGAAGAUUACCCACAUCAUCAGGAUGUCGAGCUAUUGAUUGCUGCAGAUCACCCUAAGGCAUUCUGGGUAGAGGACAGACGUCAAUGUAAGGAAAAUGACCCUUACGCCGUUAAAACACCUCUUGGUUGGUCAAUUAUGGGACCAGGAGCGCAAAGAAGCAGUGGUGAGUGCCAUCUCAACAGAGUUCAAGUAAGUAAUAGGCAACUUUUGGACGAAGUGCAACGAUCAUGGGCCGUAGAAACGAGUGGUCUGGUUGACGUACAAGAUUCUGUAGAGGAUGCAAGAGCAAGAAGUAUCAUGAACUCUACUAUUACCAAAGUCGAUGGCCACUACGAAAUGGGACUGUUGUGGAAGCAUGACGAUCAUCAUCUGCCGAACAACAAACCGAUGGCUGAGUCUAGACUCGCCUCUCUCAAGAAAAGACUUCUCGCAGAUGUAGAGCUUAAAGCUAAGUACACUGCAGUAAUUGAAAGUUACAUAGAUGACGGCUAUGCCGAGCCUGUCCAAAAUGAAGGCCAGCCUGGAAACGUAUGGUAUUUACCGCAUCACCCAGUUGUACACCCUCACAAGACGAAGGUAAGAGUUGUUUAUGACUGUGCAGCUAAAUCAUCUGGUACAUCACUUAAUGAUAACCUUCUAAAAGGUCCCGAUCUUAUGAAUGACUUGCUUGGUGUGCUUUUACGCUUCAGGGAAGGUAAGAUAGCUGUCGUUGCCGACAUUAAAUCUAUGUUCCACCAAGUGCGAAUGAGAGAAGCUGAUAGAGAUGUCCUUCGGUUUCUCUGGUGGGAAAGUGGUAACUUAGAUCAGCCAUAUAAAGAGUACCGAAUGUGCGUGCACCUGUUUGGUGCCACCUCUUCUCCCUGUUGCUCAGGUAAGGCAUUGAAACAGACCGCCGAUGACUGUGAAGCCCUUAACAAUGAUGACAUAGGUAAGAAGGCGAUAGAAACUAUCAGAAGCAGCUUCUAUGUCGAUGAUUGCCUUGCCUCGGCUAGCAACACUCAAACAGCUAUCGAUUUAGUAAAGAAGUUGACAGAUAUCACAAGUCAUGGUGGCUUCCAGCUAACCAAAUGGUUGAGCAAUGACAGAGAAGUAUUAGCAUCUGUAGAUGAAGAUGAGAGAUCGCCAUCAUUGUCACUAUCGUUAGACGAAUUACCAACUGAAAGAACAUUAGGCGUUUCUUGGAAUUCCGAAAACGACCAGUUCACUUUUCAGUUGACUCCAAAGGAAAAACCUGUGACUAGGAGAGGCUUGCUUUCUGUAACCAGUUCGGUUUUUGACCCCCUAGGAAUUGCAUCUCCAUUUGUGCUUAUAGCAAGGUCCCUCUUACAGAAUGUGUGUCGCAGAGACGCUGACUGGGACAAGCCACUGACUGAAGCCGAGCAAAGAGAAUGGCGGAAUUGGUUGGAUCAUAUUCCAGUGCUUUCAAAUGUAAGUAUACCGAGAUGGCUAAAGAUUGACAUAGCAACUGGACUACAGUUACACGUCUUCUGUGACGCGUCCGAAAAAGGGUACGCUGCAGUUGCCUACCUUCGGGUGAUUUUAGGUGAUGGCUCGACAUCUGUUGAAUUUGUCUUAGGGAAGUCCCGGGUAAGCCCGUCGAAGCCAGUCACCAUUCCUAGGCUUUAGUUAAUGGCUGCUGUUCUAGCAGUCA